CUUCUCCUUGUAAUUUUUUUCGCGCACCGUUGACUCCUGUACGAUAUUCUUCGCAUGAAGACGAAAAUUCUAUAAGUUUUAGGGGAAGUAAGGGUUCUGAAAACCCAGAAGAAAAACAAACUUCUCACGGGACUUACGAUGUGGAGAAGAAACAUUGUAACACUCAACCAUAUAAACUUAAGGACAAGUUAAAGGUGGCCGCGGCGGUGAUGGGUGUGUCGCCUUCCUCCAUGAAAAAGAAAAGUCACAUGACCCACCCGCUGGAGGAAAUGGAGGUCGAGCACUAUUCUCUCCACUCGAUUCCGAGCAUCAUCGUUGCCUCACCAGGAGAAAAUGGCAAAGGUCACUUGAGGCAUGGAGCCGCAGGAAAAGAUAUUAUAAUUCCUAUUCCAUUGGGUACCAUCAUCCGUGAAAUCGAUUCUCCAAGUUCGUCCAAGAGUGAAUCUGAUAAGUCAAAGUUUGACGAAUAUGACGCUAACAUAGAUCUUCGAGAGGCAAAAGUUAAAAAUCGAAUUUAUGAUACUAUAAGUGGUAUAGAGUUACAUGAUAAAAGUGGAUCAGAAAUACGAGUUCAUGAAGAUGGAAACUCGUUUAAUGGAACUUUAUUAGAAACCGAUGAGGUUUUUAGAAAAGAAGGAAAAAAACGAAAACAAUAUAAACAGGAUAGGGCUAAUUCUAAACUUUACCUUGACUUAUCGGUGCCAGAUGUUCAAAACAUAGUGGCUAGUGGCGGUGAAGGCGGAAAGGGGAAUCCGCAUUUCGUUACAAAUGCUAAUCGUUCACCUACUUUUGCAUCACGUGGAAAAGAGGGACAGAAAAGAUAUCUUGAACUUGAAGUGAAAACCAUUGCGGAUGUCGGGUUGGUGGGUUUGCCCAACGCGGGAAAGUCUACUUUCUUGUCAGCCGUUUCGAACGCACAUCCAAAGGUCGCACCAUAUCCAUUUACUACUCUGAAUCCAUUUAUUGGUACUGUUGAUUUUGCAGACAGAUUUCAGUUGACUGUUGCAGACAUUCCAGGACUCAUAAAGGAUGCACACAAAAAUGUUGGAUUAGGACAUUCAUUCCUGAGACACAUAGAAAGAUCAAAGGUAUUGGUGUACGUGGUCGAUUUAACAUCUGAUGAGCCAUGGGAAGAUUUAGGAGUUUUGAUGAGAGAACUCGAACAAUACAAGGAGGGAUUGACCAAAAAGCCGUCAUUGCUUAUUGCCAAUAAGGCGGACGUAACAGGAAAAGCGAAAAAGAACCUUCCACUAUUACAGUCGAAGAUUUCUGAUUACAGGCAUGAAAAAGAACCAACGGGAGAGAAUGGAAAUAAUAUUUUGAACUUGAGUUACAGUAACGGGUUUGAAUUUGAAUAUGAUGUUAUACCAGUAUCGGCAAAAUAUCAUAAAAACAUUGUAAAAGCAACAUCCGUGUUAAGGAAGAUUGUUGAAAGAGUCAAAGCAAAGGAAGCUUGUGAGGGAUAA